AUGAAGACCGAGUUCAAGUUCUCCAAUCUCCUAGGCACUGUCUAUCGACAAGGCAAUGUCAUCUUCACACCAGAUGGAGACUCACUACUCUCGCCUGUCGGCAAUAGAGUAUCUGUCUUCAAUUUGACCAAGAACACGAGCUAUACUUUACCUUUCGCUCACCGCCGAAACAUCUCACAUAUAGACCUUACCUCAAACGGCAAUCUACUGCUUACUAUAGAUGAAGAUGGCCGAGCUAUCUUGACUAUUUUUCCACGCCGAGUAUCGAUAUACCACUUCUCCUUUAAGAGCAGAGUUACCGCACUGAGAUUCUCACCCAACGGACGACAUUUCGUGGUAGGUCUAGGUAGGAAGAUACAAGCAUGGAAAACACCUUUAGUACCUGGGUCGGAUGGUGGUGAGCUGGACUUUGCGCCUUUCGUGCUUCAUCGCGAGUAUGGUGGUCACUUUGACGAUGUACGGCAUCUGAGCUGGUCUGGUGAUUCGAGAUUCUUCCUAAGCUCUUCAAAGGAUUCAACGGCCAGAAUAUGGAGUUUAGAUCCUGAAGAGGACUUUGAGCCGACUGUGCUUGCAGGCCACAGACAGCAAGUUCGAGGCGCAUGGUUUUCUUCCAGCCAGGAAGCGAUCUUCACCGUCAGUGAGGAUGGCGCACUCUUCAGGUGGGAAUUCGUCACUCGGACGCAACAACAAAGUGGUGAUGCCGAAAAUGCAGAACCUGAAGACAUAGAAAGAUGGCGGAUCGUACAACGGGAUUACUUCAUGCAAAAUGUGAAGCUGAAAUGCGCCACCUUUCAUCAGGCAAGUGAACUGCUGACUGUCUGUUUCGCGAAUGGUCUUUUCAGCUUAUACGAAUUGCCUUCGUUCUCGAACAUACAUACCCUGUCCAUGGCUUCUUCGCCGAUCUCUACCAUAUCCAUCAAUAAGAGUGGUGAAUGGCUGGCUCUGGGUUCAGCGAAAACUGGUCAGCUGUUGGUGUGGGAGCAUCAGUCCGAGUCGAACAUCCUCAAGCAGUCAUCGUAUCUAGACACGAUGACCACAUUGUCUUUCUCACCAGAUUCUAGUCGUAUCAUUACUGGCGCAGACGAUGGACUGCUCAAGAUCUGGGAUGUCUUCUCAGGCUUCCAUGUCGCCACUUUUACAGAACAUUCUUCCGCUGUGACGGGUUCAGCCUACUCAAGAAGGGGUAAUAUUUUAUUUACAUCCUCCUUAGAUGGCUCGGUUCGAGCAUGGGAUAUGCUGAGAUAUCGCAACUUCAGAACCUUUACAGCUCCACAGCGACUAUCUUUCUCCUGCUUGGCAAUCGAUCCUGCGGCUGAAGUUGUUUGCGCGGGAUCGCAUGACUCUUUUGAUGUCCAUCUGUGGUCGGUGCAGACCGGUGCUCUUCUCGAUCAGCUUUCUGGCCACGAAGGACCCAUCUCUACCUUAGCAUUCACGCCAGAUGGCCGUAUGUUGGUCUCUGGAUCUUGGGAUCGUACGAUACGUACAUGGAAUGUGUUUGAUCGCUCGCAAAGCUCUGAGAGUCUCCAAUUAACUUCGGACUUGCUAUGUGUGACAGUAAGACCAGAUUCAGCUCAGAUAGCAGCAUCGACACUGGACGGUCAACUUACUUUCUGGGACAUCGAAUCGUCUGUACAACAGGCUACCAUGGACGGUAGAAGAGACGUGAGUGGUGGAAGAACACUAAGGUCUAGAAGAACGGCAGCCUCGACACCAGGUACUAAAUCAUUCAACUCUAUCACAUAUUCUGCGGAUGGGACGUGCUUGUUGGCAGCAGGAAACAGCAAGUAUAUUUGCCUGUACUCGGUGAGCACCUUGACCUUAGUCAAGAAGUUCACGGUGUCGGUCAAUUUGUCCCUCGAUGGCACCCAAGAGUUCUUGAAUUCGUCUGCAAUCAUGUCGAACGGAUUGCCAAGAGACAUGAUUGAUACAGAUGGUGAAGCGAGCGACCUAGAUGACAGGAUAGAUAAGAGCCUGCCAGGCGCCAAGCGAGGUAAAGAUGCCACAAAGAGAACAGUUCGACCAGAAGUGCGUGUCACGGCUAUCGAAUUUGCCCCGACCGGGAGAACAUUCUGUGCUGCGAGUACAGAAGGCUUGCUCGUCUACAGCCUUGACACAGCGGGAAUGGACGAUUUCGACCCAUUCGAUCUUGAUAUUGACGUUACACCGCAGAACGUAGAAACUAUUCUACAGCAAAAGCAGCCAGAGUAUCUCAAAGCUCUGAUCAUGUCAUUCCGGCUGAACGAGAAGCAGCUAGUACGCAGAGUGUACGAAGCUAUACCAUACGGCCAAGUGUCCUUGGUAGUGCGAGACCUGCCAAGAGUCUAUCUUGGACGUCUGCUAAACUUUUUAGCAUCUCAGUUAGAGAGCAGUCCGCAUCUGGAAUUCGCUCUGUCAUGGAUUGGUGAGGUUGUUGGUGUUCAUGGUCGGUACAUCAAAGAAAGAGCAGGACAGUUUUCAAGUGAGUUGCGCGCGGUUCAGCGAGGCAUUGAUGGAAUAGGCAAAAUAAUUCGGAACCUGAGCCAAAGGAAUACUUUUGAGAUUGAAUUUCUGUGUCAACAACAAAGAGACACAAAUGUGCCAUUACUGACGAAUGGCCAUGGUACAAGUCAUGGAAAGGCUGAUGAAGCUGAUGUAGAUAUGGCUGAUGAGGGUGGCUGGAUUGGCUUUGAUUAA